AUGUUAUAUGCUGAUGAUGUAACUUAUUGGCACUUCUUCUCUGAAUGUGUGUUCUGGUUCCAGUUUGCGGACUGGAAUCUCCCUUUCGCAGGAAUGGGACACUUUGUGUCCAAAAAAAAGAAUCAUAAAGCAAUAGUAGUUCAACGAUCAGCACGACCUAAGGACUCUAUUUCCAAAUUUAUCGAAGAUUUAGUUAAACGGAACUGUAUAGUGAUAUUUUCCAAGACAAGCUGUCCCUUCUGUGUAAAGGCAAAGGAUGUAUUUGAAGCAAUGAAAGUCAGUUACAGAGUGGUCGAGAUAGAUGAGCGCGAAGAUGGUUGUUUUCUGCAACAUACUCUUGGAAUUCUAACUGGUUCAAGGACAGUUCCAAGAGUGUUUGUGAAUGGAGUUUGCAUCGGUGGUGCUCAACAGACAAUUGAUUUGUACAAGAAAGGUGAACUUCUGGCACUGAUCAUGAAGUGUGCUACCCGCUGCGAUGAGAAAACUAACAAACAUUAG